AUGAUCUCUUUCCUCAUUCUUAGCUUCCUUGCUCUAUUAUCAGCUGGUACGGUUACUGCUUUGUCGACAUGGCAGUCAUCACCGCGCCUAACUGGCAGGAGAACAUGUUUGCCUCCCUACAAUGCUAAUACCACGUUUGUCGGUUGUUUUACGGAUGAGACCACUCCUCGGACGCUUAAUGGUACUCAAUUACCUGAUUCCAAUGCAAAUACUCCUGAGUCUUGUGCAACCCAGUGUGGUUUGUCGGGAUACAGUUAUUCCGGAGUUGAAUACUCUACCCAAUGCUUUUGCAGCCAUCAAUAUCCUAUCCUUUGGAGUACAAGUUCUGGCACUCAAGUCGACACAAGUCAAUGUAACACGCCUUGUCCGGGAAAUGCAAGUGAAUCUUGUGGCGGUGGCAAUCGAAUCGAUGUCUAUAAGAUCUCAAACCCAAGCACUAGUCCUUAUAAUCCGACACUCCCCAACUGUGCCUACGACCCACUGUGUUCCAAUGACGUUUGUGACUCUUCGCUUUCAGUUGCGAACCGUGCUGCUGCAUUAGUGAAUGCGUUAACACUGCAAGAGAAAAUUAAUAAUGUUCAAGGAACGGCUUCCGGAGUUGCAAGACUUGGAAUACCAUCAUUUCAGUGGGACAGCGAGGCACUUCACGGUGUCGCAAACAGCGCAGGCGCUCAUUUUAAGACCCCGCUUGGGCUCAAUUUCAGCUCUGCAACUAGCUUUCCAGCCCCGCUCUCCAUUGCUGCAUCAUUUGAUGACGCUUUGACGGGUCAGAUUGCCUCCGCCAUUUCAACGGAGGCUCGAGCCUUUGUUAAUGGUGGACAAGCUGGUCUAGCUUACAUGACACCGAACAUUAACGGUUUUCGGGAUCCACGUUGGGGCAGAGGAAUGGAAACUCCAGGAGAAGCAGUGCUUGUUAUCCAGAACUAUGCUAAGAACCUGAUCCCUGGACUGCAAGGAGGUCUGAAUCCUGAAUACAAGAGAAUUAUUGCGACAUGUAAACACUACGCUGCAUAUGAUAUUGAGGAUGGUCGAAAUGGCAACGAUUUGAAUCCCACACAACAAGAUUUGGCAGAUUACUACUCGCAAGGCUUCAAAACAUGCAUCCGCGAUGCGAAGGCUGGAGCGGUGAUGUGCUCUUAUAAUGCUGUUAACGGAAUUCCUUCCUGUGCAAACCGGUAUCUCCUGCAAAAUGUCGUUCGGGAGCAUUGGGACUUUUCUGAUCCGUAUAACCUGGUGAUCGGCGACUGUGGUGCUGUUAUGAAUGUGUACGAUCCCCAUAAGUAUGUUUCGGGAAUGGCACAAGCCGCUGCAGUAUCUCUAAAUGCAGGGACGGAUAUUGACUGUGGACCCGUUGCGUAUAAUUUUUUGAAUGAGUCAAUUCCUGCAAACUUGACCACUGAGAGCGCCUUGAAUCAGGCGGCUACUCGUGCAUAUGCAGCCCUCAUACAAGCUGGAUACUUCGACAACCCUGCAGAAUACAAAUCGCUGUCAUGGGCAGACGUAAAUACCGUGGCAUCUCAACAGCUUGCUUAUAAAUCUGCAAUCGAAGGCAUAACGCUGUUAAAGAAUGAUGGUAUUUUGCCUCUUCCCAAGACCCUGAGUAAAGUAGCUAUCAUUGGGCCGAUGGCAAAUGCAACCUCUCAAAUGCAAGGCGAUUACUAUGGAACACCGCCUUAUUUUGUCACUCCGCUGGAGGCAUUCCAGAAAGGAGCGUCUGAAGUGCAGUAUGAAUUGGGAACUCUGACGAACACAACCAGUACGACCAAUUUCAGCGCUGCUAUCACAGCCGCAAAAGAUUCCGAUUACAUUAUCUAUGUCGGAGGUAUUGACAACAGUAUUGAAUAUGAGGGCCAUGACCGUCCCACUAUUAAUUGGCCGGGUAAUCAACUUGAUUUGAUUGAGCAAUUGGCAGCACUGGGCAAGAAAUUAAUUAUUGUUCAAUGGGGCGCAGGUCAAAUAGAUGACAGCACUCUGCUAAACAACACAUCUGUCAAUGGCAUCAUUUGGGUGGGUUACUCAGGACAAGACGGAGGUCAGGCCAUCUACGAUAUCCUCACUGGUGUGCAAGCACCAGCCGGCAGAUUGCCUGUCACGCAAUACCCAGCGGACUAUGUGAAUCAAGUAAGCAUAUUUGAUAUGAAUCUUCGACCCAGCUCUGGAAACCCUGGUCGCACAUAUGCAUGGUACACAGGACACCCCGUGCUUCCGUUUGGUUACGGCUUACACUAUACCAAUUUCUCGGUGUCUUGGAAGGUGAAACCAAAAAAUACUUAUGACAUUCAAUCAUUAGUUGCGGUGAAAGCAGAUCCCAGUAGCCACACUGCUCCAAGCCAAGGAUUGCUCGAUUGGCCUUCAUAUCGCAGCUUUAAGGGUCCUUAUCUGGAUCUCCUACCGUUCGUUACGGUUUCAAUUAACGUUCAGAAUACGGGUAAGGUAGUCUCCGAUUAUGUUGGUCUAGUUUUCAUUUCAACCAAGAAUGGAGGACCAUCGCCAUACCCGAACAAAGAGCUUGCGUCCUAUGGUCGGCUGCAUGGGAUUGAACCUGGCUCCACACAAACAUUGAAUUUCUCUCUUACGCUAGACAAUAUUGCUAGAACCGAUGUCAACGGUGACCGUUGGGUUUAUCCGGGCGAUUAUUCGUUGGCACUAGAUUAUGACUCUACAAUAUCUGUCUCUUUCAAGCUCAGUGGAAAAGCACAAUUAAUCGAUUCGUUCCCGCGACUACUCUCAAACAUAACAUCCUAUGAAUAUGUGGGUUGUUUUACCACACCACAGCCAACUCUGUCCACCACUGCUCCAAAUGACGGCAAAUCCAACGACCCUCAAGUAUGCGUGAAUACCUGUGCAGAACUGGGUCAUAAAUACUCCGGAGUCAGGCAAAAUCAAUGUCUUUGUGGCGAUUCGUUCGAUGCCUCUACAGUCCCAGUCCAAGACGAACAGUGCAACUCAGCCUGUCCCGGUAACCCUUAUGAAUUCUGUGGGGCCAGUCAAUAUAUCAACGUCUUCAAUGCCUCUGUCCCUACCGUACUAGAACCUGCAACGACCUAAGCGAACGUAGGGUCAUACUAUGCCAACUCAUGGUCACCGGCGUGAAUCAUUGCUUAUUUGAUCAAUGUAUCCAAAAAAAAAAAUACUAUCAAUUGUCUAUAUUCAUAUCCAUAGGGUAGAUAGGAUAUAGUCGAUCAAAUCCAAAUCUUUUAAACUGAGUA